AUGACAUUUCUAAUCAUCACCUGUUUCCGCCUCACCAGCACUCAGCAAGCGGUUCAAACACGCUCGUGGGUGCGGCUGGCUUCGAGCAAGGAAGGUGGUGACGACGAUGCCAUGUGCCCUGGAUGGCAGCCAACGGAGGAGACUGAUCAAAGGCUGCCUCAAGCGGAUGCACAAGAAGACCUGAUGGCGACGGGGGAAGGUGCACAGGAGGGGCAGGGAGAGCCAACGGACGAGGUAGCGGGAGAAGAGGGGCAGCGCCAGCCGGAAGAUUCUGUGGGGAGGGAAGAAGAGCGAGGGGAGAAGCAGUUUCAGGCUGAUUCAGAGGGAGGGGCAGCGGAGCCGUACCAGCAGGGAACGCUGGUGGGAGGGGCAACACGGAUGGGGGAGCAGCUCGAGGAACAUUCAUUGGGAGGGGCGGCAGGGGGAGAGGCGCCUCAGCAGCAGGAAGAGCUGAUGGGAGGGUCGGCAAGGGGAGAGCUGCAGCAGCAGCCCGUAAAUUCAUUGGGAGGGGCAGCAGGGGGAAAGGAACCGCACCAGCACGAAAAGCCAAUGGGCGUAGGACCAAGGCCUGGUGAUAUCCCAGAAGAAAAACGAAAGACAGAAAUCUCAACUCCUGCCCCAGGUGAGCACUCAGGAGGAGCAACGGCCCCAGAAGUCUUGGAAGAGUCUACCUGUGGAGGAUCUGGUGCGAGAUCUCCGCAUCAUCCAAGGAAGAGAAAAAGGAAGACCAAGCAUACGGAGACUGUGACACCACCUCCGUUGCCCACCUAUAGGGGUCCCUAUUCGGAUGUCAAUGCUCCCCGUGAUUCCGAUGAGGAGGAUGACGACACUCCAACAUAUCGCUGGCCCACGGGUUCUUUUUAUGACAUUAAGGGCCCUAGGUUGGAAGUACCUCCUCCGCCAGCCAAACAUGGGCGUAUUUUGGGGCCGAAGAAGCCAGCCAAGGGUGAUUCCCAGGGUGGCGCGAAGGAUAAAGCCUUGGAUAAAGCCAAGGGUGGCACUCAACCGGAGAGUCAGUCUGAAGACAAGAGGGCAAAGGACCAACGAUCCAAAGUAGGCGCGCUAACGCAAAUUGUUGGUGAAUGUGUGAGCUAUGCAGAGGAGUUGAGUUCAACUAAGGGUGCGAAUCUGGGAUCAGCCGCAUGGCUUCUAAAUGUAGUAUCCAAUUCGCUUACUGUGCAGAUAUGUGUCGCACGCCAAACCUCACAAUCGGUAGAAACUGAGGAAGCUUGUAGGGUGGCGGAAGCUGCAGUUGAUGCAGCACAUGAUUGGAUUGUACGGCAUGGUGGAACACCGGAGACGGCCCACCUUUCCGGGGAGGGUCCUGUCACGGAAGAAUCGAGGGACUCCCUUUCCGUCCGACUGCUAGUGCUCCAUUUGGCCAGCAACAGGCUCACUGAACAGUUACGGCAUUGGAGGCCCGGUCCAUCGGUGGAUUAUCUAAAGGAAUGUGAAAAGCUUUUAAAGAUGGCGGAAACGUUACUAGCGGGGACAGAGCAGAUGCUUGGAGGCCUAAUCAACGAAGGGCAGCAUGCUGCUGCUGAAAUUCUUACGCAAGCCUUGGAAGUUGUUGAAGACCUCACCGAGGAAAUGCGUCUGGUGACGCGCAGUGGGGCUUCGAACCCAUUUGCCGCUGAAGUCCCGAAUGCCCCAGCCUUAUCUGCGUUGACUAGCUUGGAUGCGGCGACCACGGCGGCUGAGGCUUUGUUGGAUAGUAUGGCUGGCGGCGUAGACUUAAGCAUACGGGCUAUUGCAGGUGAGCAACUGGCUAGUUGGACGCAUCUCUUGUCCUCAGUCGAGCUUCUCCUAGGAGGAGAUGGCAUAGAUGGUUCUUUACUUCAGCGCUGCAUUGAUGCUGCCUGUCAUUUGCGGGAAAGAGUGGAAAUAAUUCAAGCAGUUCUGUCCAGCACUAGCACGCGAUGA